GCGAGCUGACGUGCGGAGCGGCCCCGCUGCCUCUCUCUUUGCCGACCGGCGGGUUUGAGGCCACAGCUCCCGCUUCGAGUGGCGGCUGGAUGGCGGAUACGGCGCAGCCGAUGGAUGGCGAGGAGAACACGGUUCGCUUCGCCCGCAAGGGUGCCCUGAGGCAGAAAAACGUGCACGAGGUGAAGGACCACAAGUUUAUCGCCCGCUUCUUCAAACAGCCCACCUUCUGCAGCCACUGCACCGACUUCAUCUGGGGAUUCGGCAAGCAGGGAUUCCAGUGUCAAGUUUGCUCCUUCGUAGUCCACAAGCGGUGCCAUGAGUUUGUCACCUUCUCCUGCCCGGGUGCAGAUACAGGACCUGCCUCUGAGGAUCCCCGAAACAAGCAUGGAUUCAGGAUUCACACUUACUCCAGCCCAACAUUCUGUGAUCAUUGUGGCUCCCUGCUUUAUGGGCUCAUCCAUCAGGGCAUGAAAUGUGACUCCUGUAUGAUGAAUGUCCACAAGCGAUGUGUCUCCAACGUGCCCAGUAUGUGUGGCAUGGACCACACUGAACGACGAGGACGUAUCUUCAUCAAGGCAGAAAUAGUCAAGGACCUGCUCACUGUCCUGGUGAAAGAAGCCCGGAACCUGGUGCCCAUGGACCCCAAUGGCCUCUCAGACCCCUACGUGAAGUUGAAGCUGAUUCCUGACCCAAAGAGUGAGAGCAAGCAGAAAACCAAGACCAUUAAAUGUUCCCUCAACCCAACCUGGAACGAGAGCUUCACAUUCAACCUAAAGGACUCUGACAAGGAUCGGAGGCUUUCUAUUGGAAUAUGGGACUGGGAUCUAACCAGCAGGAAUGAUUUCAUGGGAUCGCUGUCUUUUGGCAUCUCGGAGCUGCAGAAAGCAGGGGUCAAUGGCUGGUACAAGCUGCUGAGCCAGGAGGAAGGGGAGUACUACAAUGUUCCUGUGCCUCCUGAUGAGGACAUUGAAGGAAAUGAGGAGCUGAGGCAGAAAUUUGAGAGAGCCAGAAUUGGGCCGGGGUCUAAGGUGGCCGAGGAGAAGAGAUCCAACUCUUGGUCCAAAAUCGACAACAACGGCAAUCGAGACAGGGUGAAACUGACUGACUUCAACUUCUUGAUGGUGCUUGGGAAGGGCAGUUUUGGGAAGGUGAUGUUGGCUGAAAGAAAGGGCACCGAUGAGCUGUAUGCCAUUAAGAUCCUGAAGAAGGAUGUGGUGAUCCAGGAUGAUGACGUGGAGUGUACCAUGGUGGAGAAAAGAGUUCUGGCUGCUCCUGGGAAGCCCCAGUUCCUAACCCAACUGCACUCCUGCUUCCAGACCAUGGAGCGUUUGUACUUUGUGAUGGAGUAUGUGAAUGGAGGCGAUCUCAUGUACCAGAUUCAACAGGUUGGCAGAUUCAAGGAGCCUCAUGCUGUGUUCUAUGCAGCAGAGAUUGCCGUUGGCCUAUUCUUCCUGCACAAUCACGGCAUUGUUUACAGAGACCUGAAGUUGGAUAAUGUGAUGCUGGAUUCAGAAGGACAUAUAAAGAUCGCUGAUUUUGGCAUGUGUAAGGAGAAUAUGUGGGAUGGAGUGACGACCAAGACCUUCUGUGGUACACCCGACUACAUCGCGCCCGAGAUCAUUGCCUAUCAACCGUAUGGGAAGUCAGUGGAUUGGUGGGCCUAUGGAGUGUUACUGUAUGAAAUGCUGGCAGGACAGCCUCCUUUUGAUGGUGAGGAUGAAGACGAGCUUUUCCAAUCUAUCAUGGAACACAACGUAACUUACCCCAAAUCAAUGUCCAAAGAAGCAGUGUCUAUUUGUAAAGGGCUCUUAACAAAGCAUCCAGCGAAACGUCUGGGUUGUGGACCUGAAGGGGAGCGAGACAUCAAGGAACAUGCAUUUUUCCGAUGGAUUGACUGGGAAAAGUUGCAACGCAUGGAAAUUCAGCCUCCAUUCAAGCCAAAGGCGAGGAACAACAGAGACGCCGGCAACUUUGACCGUGAGUUCACCCGGCAGCCUGUGGACCUGACACCCACCGACAAACUCUUCAUCAUGAACCUGGACCAGAACGAGUUUGCAGGGUUCUCCUAUGUCAAUCCCGAAUUUGUGAUUCAGGUUUAAAGAGGAGUGCUGGUGUCCAGAAAAAUCUUUAUAUUUUUGACCUGAAACACAGAACAUAAUGUUUUAAAAUCCCGAUUCUCCUAGCCCUGGGUCACAGGGCCAACACGAGGUUUCAUUGUGAUAUUGUCACUGUACAGUGGUUGCAAAUAUUGAUCAGACUGGGGCAGGAAGGAAGCAGGAGAGAUGUGGGGCACCUGGAUGAUUGUUGUUGCAGUCCUGAUGCAGAAUGGGGUGGCAGGGAGGGAGUAGGAGCAGUGACAUGUUAAAGACCAACGUUGUUUAUGAGCAUUUACACCUAAUGUGGUCACAUCCAGUCAAGUACAGAAUAUGGCCUAGAAAAUCUGCUCACACUGGUUCUUGAUUUAAAUGGUCUUCGUUGUACCCAGCUUCCCCGUGGCCUCUUCAUUAUUUCUACAGCUCCACAUCGCUCUGAACUGUCUGCUGCUCCAACUCUGGUCCUCUGAGUAUCAUUCAAUUAUUCUGUUUGAUGGGUCAGUGGCUGUGCAUGGAAUUUCAUUCCUAGAUGCCUCUGCUGUUUGGUGCUUCUCCAUAAUCUCUAAGGAGCUCCUCAAGGCUGGUGACAUUGGCUGGGUCAUCUGCUCUUGUAACUCCUUACAUGGUGGUGUCAGCGUGAUAGGUCAAUGUGGGGCUUGUACUGGGCCAUGGGCCCAUUCAUUGAAGUCCACAGGCCAUUGUGUCACCAUACAGCUUGCAAACGAUCACCCACGUUCCCAGUGUCUGUGCAGGAGAGUCUCAUUUGUCCAUUAGGGCCUUGAACAGAUGCUGAGUCCCUCAUUUGUGUAUUGAAAUGCCCUAAUGACUGUCUCAGCCCUUUCCCUUCACCAAUGGGGCAGGCCGUGAGUUUCCAGCUCACCCCAAGUACAUCCUCUCUGCCUGUCCCCUCGGGAAUUGGGGGCUGGUUUAACACCUGACAUAUGGUCACUGAGACAUCUCAUUUCAAGGCUCAUACAAUGAGUGGAACAACUUGUUUACCACUUCAGAGAAAACAAACUUUUAGUAUCGUUUAGAAUUGUCUAUAUUUCUAUCCAUUGAGAAUCUAUGUUUUCUAUACAAUAUAUCCUUUCUGUCAGUAUCAUCUUUUCCUUUGUAUCAGACCAGUGGGAAAUCAGAAAUUAAAUUUUAAACAUGAAUCAAACACAGGAAUCAAAGGAUAAAGAGAUAUUGUGUAGCAUGGUGUGAUCUGAGUGACUGAGUAAUGUUGUUGGGCAUCUGGUACUCACAAGUCAAAUGUUACAGAUCUUUGACUUCUCCCAGUUUUCACUCUAUUCCUGCUGUGUCUGCACCUGUAGUUCUGUCCGCCUGUACAUAGUGCCUGUGUAUGAUCUACCUAGUACUUGAAAUACUUUAUAAGAGGAGGUUCAGAGCCUGCCCACCACUUCACGGCAUCACAGCUGAUCUGUAGCCACAGACUCCUCCUUGUCCUGUACCCUUUAGUGAACAGAAAUUCACUGAUCAUUGAUCUCACACCCCAUGUUACCAACUGACCUUGCAAGGGUUCCAAAUUAUCACCACUCUCUUGAGUAUAGAAUUGUACCCCAAACCCUCCAGAAGGGGGUCUCACUAUUUUUAUGUUAUGGCCUGGCUCCCAAAAUCCUAGGUUUCCCAGCCAGAAAAGAUAAUUCUCUCCUGCUCUACUUCCCUUUAAAUCAAACCACCUGCUACUCUUCUGAAUUUAGUAACGCUAAUGCUGCCAAUUUAACCCAUGUCUACCCUCUGUGUUGAUCACGUUCCUACCAGCCCUAUCAGCUUAACUUUCACCUCUGGUUUGUGGAAUCACUCCUUCUAACUUAACCCUUGGAUUUCAGGUUUCAUUCUAUAACACAUUCCAAUGUUAUUUGAAGUACACUUAUGGCUUGGCUACUUCUCAUUGGCCUAUUCUCAUCAGACCAUUCAGUUGUCUACAUUAACACCCAACUCUGGCUAGAUAAAUCAAAAGAAGAAACUAACGCAUUUUCUGUAAGAGAUUGUUUUCACUAUCUGCUUUAUUUGAUAUUAAAACAGAAGGUGCAGGUGUCAGUUGUCUUAUUCUGCUACCUUUUAUCUGAUUGCAUUUGUUCCAGCCAUGCCACCUUAUGUACUGAUGCUUCCAGCAGUCUGUUUUUUAUUUCUGAUGUCUGAGUAUGCACCAUUUCUCUUCUGUUCUAUGAUUUAAUAUUUUACCUUCAUCUCCACAUAUUUAUUUAUGUUUUUAGGUGGGAUUGUGUGCUGAAUCCAUUAUUCAGAGAGCAUGCAUGAUGGUGUAGCAGUUAGUGCUGCAGCUUCACAGUCUCAGAUCCUCAAAGUUUGUAUGUUCUCCCUUUGACCUUGUGGGUUCCCCUGCUGUAUUGGCCCAAAGGGCUGAAAUGGCUCCUUCUGCGUCAUAGUAAUCAUAAAAUAUAAGGUAAAUUCCACAAUCCCAUCUGUAUUCCACUGAGCACGAUUCAUCCAUGAACCUCAUGCUCAUGAAUCUUCUCUGAAAUUCCAUGUUCCUUGCACCACUGUCCUCUUCGAUUGUUGAGAUCUACACUCAGUAUCAGGCAUGGUCACAAGACCACUCUCAGCCUCUUUGCUCAGAAACACUGAUACACUCUCAGGCAACUGUUUCUUUGCCCACAAUGUCUUGCUUCGCCUUUUGUGGGGUUUAGGCAAAAUUUUCCAAUCUUCCUUUCAGGAGCCAAGGGCUGAAGUUCCAUUAAUUCUUGGGUAUUGGUGUCUCCUGGGAUCCUUUGCCCCUUCACUUUCUCAUCCUUUCUUCUGAUUUCCCCCUUUCUAUUUCCCCAUUCUGGUCUUGAAUAAUAAGUCCUCACUCAGUACAGCCCUUGCUUUUUUCCACGUAUGACUUUGGUGAUGUUGGCAUGGUGAUGGCUCCACUGAGUGAGGAGUUUCUCCUACCCAAAGGAGCUUUUCUCCAACCUUCACACCUCCCACCUGGCCUAGAGUAUUCCCUCUGACCUCCUAAGCUCUCUACAUACUUUCACUGGGAACUGCUGUUAAGACAACCAUCACUGGGCUUCAUUUGUUCAUUAUUCUAUCCUCAAUUUUAGAUAGGUGAGGUUAAUGGGUGGGGAUAAAUGGCUAUUAACCCUCCAGGUGCAAGGUACUGAUUGCAUCUGAAUCACUCUGAAAAUUCCACAAUCUUUGUUGGUUUAAUGCGCUUCUGAGUGUAAUGCAGAGGCAAUCCAAGGCACCUUAAUGUAAGAGGACAGCAGUGAUGUUGGCUCAGGAGUGAAAAUUGAGGGAAAAGGAACGAUCAGGUAGCUUUAACCAGAGACAAACACCAAGUCUAAACUGUAAUUUUUCUAACUGAUGUCUUCCAUGCUAUGAACGUAGAUGUUUUCUACUUGGUUACAUUUUGUGGAACGUAAUGUACUUAAAGAUUUCUACGUUUGUGAUGUCUAUGCAUCUCCUUUUCACAGGAUCACUGUGAGUGUUCUUACUGUUGAUUACAAAAUAACUUAGUGUUUAGAUGCCUGCCAAAAAAAAGCAAAAAAAAGUACUGCAAUAAUUACUGAAUUAAUUUGCAUGCAUUUUGUAAAUCAGUCCAUUUAUUGUUGGCAAAAUUUAUUUACGCGACUGCUUUUGAGUUGUUCGAUCUCAAACUAUGAAAUAAAAUUCUCUAAUGAGAUGUCUACAGCACCAUGUGAAGUGUUCACUUGAGGUGGAGGGACAUCCAUUAACAUGAGUAGUGGUCUUGAUGUGGCAUCACAUUCAUCAGAACACUUAAAAUCAAUCAGCCCUCAGUCAAUUGAGGGAAAUUAGCAUAAUUGCUUGUAUCCUCUGACUAUGAGAUAGCUGAGUAACAAAUUAGUAUGUAGUGAUUCAAUGAGUUGAAGCACUGCUCUCAGUUCUGGCCAUUGAAGUGAUGAAAUGUUUCCCUCUUUCUCCAACCUGUGCACCUGUUUCAGUAGAAGGGCACACAGCAAAGAUCCCUACAAUGCUGCAGCAGCUGUCAGUGUGUCACCAGCUUCCAGUAUCUUUUACAGAAUGUAUGCUCUGGAUUAUGUGGCAUUUCAAAAUAAAAGAUUUGUAACAUUA